AUGGCCUAUCCAUGCAACAUUGAAUUGUCAUUUUACAGCAGAACACUUUGGCCAGAUAAAUGCUCAUUCGGCUGCAAUCGGCGUCCUGCCAUCGGCGCCGACGCUGUGUCGUCGGGCGUGCCGUUCAUAAACGUGACCUCGACGCCGCUGCACGAACGUCUCGGUAGCAGUCAACGCAUGAGUCCCGCAGUCUUGCCAAACGGCAACCUGUCCGGCUUCAGGGGCAGAAAUACGCCCAGCUUCUGCAGCUUGGGCACGAGUCUUGUGGACCACUCCGUUUAUUCCCCAACGUGUGGGACACUAAAAGAGAUGCCCACCAGCAUGCUAUUGCACACUCAGGAGGUACGCGAAGCCCGGCUGACAGCAAAUGCCACACUUCCGGCAGACUGUAGCAGGUACUCUCUGACUCGUGACGGUGGCAGCCAAAGUCUCCUUCGAUUGGACAACCGAUAA